AAAAGAAAGAUGAAUGAUUGUUAAUCAAUCUAUCAUUUAGUUUUUCCAAAGAAUCGUUUCUGCCUCAUCUUAGUGAAAUGUGUAAUUGGAAUGAUUUUGGAACAGUGAAUAAUCACAUUAUUGGUUAUUGGCUUAGAUCUUGAUAAAUAUAAAUGUAAAUAAAAUGUUUUUCUUUUAUUUGUGUCAUGGAAAAUAAUCUUUUUUGAGCUUGGAUAUGGUAACUAUGAAUUCUGAACAAUCGGCAUGUCGCCGAAAACCAAGUGAAAAUACUAAUAUUGGAGGAACAGUUGAUCGAUAUAGAAAUAGAGAUAAUCAGAUAAAUCAAUGUAAUAAUCAAAAUGGCCAAGCAGUUGACAAGUCUCCAAUUAGUCCCACAUAUCACAUCACUGCCUCAUGUGCCGAAGAUACACCUAAUUAUCUUGUGUAUCAAAAAAUGGAAGCUAUUGUAGAAAAAAUGUCAGAUGAAAGUACAGGUGUUCCAGUAAAAACAGUAAAAAAUUUUAUGACAAAAACACCUUCUGUUUUUACUGGUACAGAUUUAAUAUCAUGGAUGAUGAAGACCAUGGCUAUAGAUGAUCAAGAGGCACUUCAUGUGGCACAUCUUAUGGCAUCUCAUGGAUAUUUCUUCCCUAUUGAUGACCACUGCCUUACCGUAAAAAAUGAUAAUACUUUCUAUAGAUUCCAAACACCAUAUUUUUGGCCAUCAAAUUGUUGGGAACCAGAAAAUACUGAUUAUGCUGUUUACUUAUGUAAACGCACAAUGCAAAACAAAACGCGUUUAGAAUUAGCAGAUUAUGAGGCUGAAAAUUUAGCUAAAUUACAAAAAAUGUUUUCAAGAAAAUGGGAGUUUAUUUUUAUGCAAGCAGAAGCACAAAGUAAAGUUGAUAAAAAACGAGAUAAAUUAGAAAGAAAAGUAUUAGAUAGUCAAGAAAGAGCUUUUUGGGAUGUAUAUAGACCAAUGCCUGGAUGUGUUAAUACGACAGAAAUGGAUAUUAAGAAAGCAUGUCGUACUUAUAAACCUUUCCCAAAGUUAAGUAAACAUUUACAAUUAGAAAUGGCUAAUACUGACAUUCCUUCUCAUUCAGAAUCAUAUACAGUAUCUUCAUUAGAAACAUUAAAUAAAGAGAUCGAAAUAUUAAAAGCUAGAUUAGAUAGAUCAAAUAUAAAAGUUUCAAAAGUUUCAGAGGCUUUGAUUGCAUAUUUUGAGCAGUAUAUAGAGUAUGAUCCUUUUUUCAUACAACCUGAACUCACAAAUCCAUGGAUAUCAGAUAAUUCUGAAAUGUGGGAACAAGAAAAAUUAGCUAAGGAAAUAUCAACAAGAAGAGUGAAAAGAUGGGGUUUUAGUCUUCAAGAAUUGUUACAAGAUCCUAUUGGUAGAGAACAAUUUAUACGUUUUCUGGACAAAGAAUUUAGUAGUGAAAAUCUAAAAUUUUGGGAAGCCGUACAGGAAUUGAAAACAUUACCUCAAAAAGAAGUUAAAAAUAAAGUGAACGAGAUUUGGAAUGAAUAUUUGGGUCCAGAUGCUAGUUGUCCAAUUAACGUUGAUUCUCAAUCUUAUGAGAUAACAAAGAAGCAUUUACAGAAACCUGAUCGAUGGUGUUUCGACAUUACAGCGGCGCACGUUUAUCAUCUGAUGAAAAGCGAUAGUUACUCAAGGUAUCUUCGAUCGGAAAUGUAUAAGGAUUUUCUCAGUGGCUCGAAGAAAAAGACUUCGGUAAAAGGUAUUCGUUCUAUCGUAUCGUUCAGUGGACGCAGGGACACAGCCACAUCAUAAUUACCAGCUUAUAAAUUUUUCAUAAAUGGUUUUGAAAAUAUUUCCAAUUCUUGUGUUAUAUUUUCAUGUUCAAAUCGAUUUGAAGAGGAAUAUGACUAUUACGCUAAGAGUAAGUAUGUAAAAUAUUUUAAAUUCAAUUUUAGUACGAUUUCCAUUGCUUCAUUUGCUUCCACAAAAAUUUU